AUGGGCGAUCAUGAGCUGUCGGAGUCGGAGAAGGCGAUUGAGCGCUACAAGGUGAAGAAGCUUAUUCAGAUGCUUGAGUCCGCGCGUGGCAUGGGCACCAGCGUUAUUAGCAUCUACAUGACACCGAAGGAGCAGGUCUCCGGCAUGGUGACGAAGCUUAAUAACGAGUACGGUACCGCGUCGAACAUCAAAUCCCACACCAACAAGCUCAGUGUUCAAAGUGCCAUCACCGCUUCGCUUGGGCGCCUGAAGCAGUAUAACCGCCUUCCACGUAAUGGACUUCUUCUCUACUGCGGCACCGUUCUCACCGCCGAUAACAAGGAAAAGAAGCUUACACUGGACAUUGAGCCCUUUAAGCCCGUUAGCCGAAGCUUGUACCUUUGUGACAACAAGUUUCACACUGAGGAGUUGCGCCGCAUGUUGGAGUCUGAUGAUAAAUUUGGCUUUAUUGUAGUGGACGGUAGUGGUACGACGUAUGCAACUCUAUGCGGGAGCGUCAAGGAUAAACUCGGUUCCUUCACUGUGGAGCUACCCAAGAAACACGGUCGCGGUGGUCAAAGUAAGAACCGUUUUGCUCGUAUUCGCAUGGAACGCCGUCACAACUACCUGCGUAAGGUGGCAGAGGGAGCCACACAGUACUUUAUCACUAACGAUCGCCCAAACAUUGUGGGGCUUGUAUUGGCGGGUUCUGCCGAGUUUAAGGAGGUGUUGUACCAGUCUGAUCUCUUCGAUCCACGCCUCAAGGCGGUGGUGCUAAAGGUGGUGGACGUGGCACACCCCGGGGACGUUGGUUUAAACCAGGCCAUAGACCUUGCCGCCGAUGCUCUUACAGGUGUGAAACUUGUGCAGGAGAAAAAGCUGUUGCAGAGCUUCUUUGACCAGAUCGCCUGUGAUACGCAACUAUACUGUUUUGGCGUGAACGACACCAUGAAGUGUCUAGAGGCAGGUGCGGUGGAGACUCUAAUUGUGUACGAGGAUCUGGACAUGAACCGAUACACAAUAGUUAAGAACCGUGGGACACCCGAGGAGGAGGUUGACAUCCGCAUCAUGACGGAAGCCGGCGCGGCGAAGGAGAACAUCCACGCGCAUGAGGCAGGAAAGUCGCAGAACGAGAUUGAGGAGGAGAACUUUGUGGACUGGCUCGCGACAAACUACCAGAGAUUUGGUUGCGUCCUGGAACUUGUCACAAACCGUAGCCAAGAGGGAACGCAGUUUGUUCGCGGUUUCGGUGGCAUCGGUGGCAUUCUUCGCUACAAGCUCGACCUCAUCGCACUGCGGGAAGUGGAGAAGAAAGACGACGACGAUGAACGUAUUGCCGCGAAUAACGAGGACUACGAUUUUGAUGACGACUUUAUGUAA